AUGUUUGGUCACAAGAAAUCUCCCUUGCAUAGAUUUUCCAAGCACAAGUCUGCCGAACCUGGAUUUCCAGCUAACAAUAUCCGUUCGAACCCUUUUGGUUCAGACGAUGAGUCGGACAGUAAACAAACCCUUAAACCUUCUGCAAGAACAUCAUCAGAACCUUCUCUCCUUACUUCGAAUUUGAACACAAAUCCUUUUGAUUUUGACGAUGAGGUUAAAGUGAACCCCACUUCACAAGGCUUUCUUGCUUCGUCCGCAAGAAACAGGUACAAGAAUGAUUUCAGAGACUCGGGUGGAUUAGAGAGUCAAACGGUAGAGGAUUUGGAAAACUACGCAGUGUAUAAAGCUGAAGAGACUACAAAGACUGUGAAUGAUUGUUUAAAGAUAGCUGAGGAUAUGAGAGAAGAUGCUAAUAAAACUUUGGUCACUUUGCACCAGCAAGGGGAGCAGAUUACGAGGACCCACAUUGUGGCUGCUGACAUGGACCACGAUCUCAGUCGAGGGGAGAAGCUUUUGGGGAAUCUCGGAGGAAUGUUUUCCAAGACAUGGAAGCCUAAGAAGAAUCGCCCAAUAACAGGGCCUUUCAUUACUAGAGAUGAUCCUGUACAAAGAAAGGGUAACCAUUUGGAGCAGAGGGAGAGGCUCGGGUUGAAUAAGGCUUCGAAGGAAAGGCCACACACACACAAACCACUGCCCGAGCCCACAAAUGCCUUGCAGAAAGUCGAGGUGGAGAAGCUCAAACAAGAUGAUGGCCUUGCAGACUUGAGCAAUAUCUUGGGGGAGCUAAAGGAAAUGGCAAUCGACAUGGGAUCGGAAAUUGAAAGGCACAACAAAGCUUUGGAUCAUGUUGAGGAUGAUGUGGAAGAGCUUAAUUUCCGAGUGAAAGGUGCUAAUCAGCGUACUCGUCGUUUACUUGGAAAGUAA